AUGCCGCUGCCCCACUUUUACCGGGACGGGGAAGGCCACAUGGAUGAUGAUGAGGACGAGCGGGAGAACUUCGAGAUCACCGACUGGGAUCUCCAGAAUGAAUUCAACCCCAACCGGCAGCGCCACUGGCGGACCAAGGAAGAGGCCACCAAUGGAGUGUGGACAGAGCGAGCCUCGGAUGGAGAGAGACCCAGCUUUGGAGGCAAACGAGCCCGCGACUGCUCAGCGCCAGUCAGCUUCAUCAGCGCGGGGCUCAAGAAGCGGGCAGCAGAGGAGGCGGAGCUGGAAGAUUCUGAUGACGAAGAGGAGCCUGUCAAGCAGGAUGACUUUCCUAAGGAUUUUGGACCCAAGAAGUUAAAAACGGGAGGCAACUUUACACCCAGCCAGAAAGGCUUUGCUGGAGGAACCAAGUCUUUCAUGGAUUUUGGCAGCUGGGAGAGACACACAAAAGGAAUUGGACAGAAGCUUCUUCAGAAAAUGGGCUACGUCCCCGGGAGGGGCCUUGGGAAGAAUGCACAAGGUAUCAUUAAGCCAAUCGAAGCCAAACAGAGAAAGGGCAGAGGUGCUGUGGGAGCUUACGGCUCCGAGCGCACCCCCCAGUCCCUGCAGGACUUCCCUGUGGUCCACUCAGAGGAAGAGCCCGAGGAGUUUCAGAAGGAGCUGAGCCAGUGGAGACAAGGCCCCAGCGGAAGCAAGAAGAAGCCCAAAUACUCUUACAAGACCGUGGAAGAGUUGAAGGCCAAGGGCAGGGUUAGCAAGCAGCUCACCGCCCCCGAGAAGGAGCUUUCUCAGGUCAAGGUCAUAGACAUGACUGGCCGCGAGCAGAAGGUCUACUUCAGCUACGGCCAGAUCAGCCACAAGCACAACGUCCCCGACGACGGGCUGCUGCUGCAGUCGCCGCAGCCACCACAGCCUGGCAAAGAGGCCAAGGCCCCGGGCUUCGCGCUGCCAGAGCUGGAGCACAACCUGCAGUUGCUCAUCGACCUCACGGAGCAGGAGAUCAUCCAGAACGACCGGCAGCUGCAGUACGAGCGGGACAUGGUGGUCAACCUCUCCCACGAGCUGGAGAAGAUGUCGGAGGUCCUGGACCACGAGGAGCGGCUCAUCUCCAACCUCAGCAAGGUCCUAGAGAUGGUGGAGGAGUGCGAGCGGUGCAUGCAGCCCAACUGCAGCGACCCCCUCACGCUGGACGGGUGCACCCACAUCUUUGAGACCCUGAGGGACAAGUACUAUGAGGACUACUGGAUGUCCCACCGUGUGGACCUCACCGUGGCCAUCGUCUACCCGCUCAUGAAGGAGUACUUCAAGGAGUGGGACCCCCUCAAAGACUGUACUUACGGCACCGAGAUCAUCUCUAAGUGGAAAAGCCUCCUGGAGAACGACCAGCUCCUGUCACACGGUGGGCAGGACCUCUUGGCAGAUGCCUUUCACAGGCUCAUUUGGGAAGUCUGGAUGCCUAUCGUUCGAAACAUUGUCACCCAGUGGCAACCAAGGAACUGUGACCCGAUGGUGGACUUUUUGGAUAGCUGGGUGCACAUUAUCCCCGUGUGGAUCUUAGAUACCAUCCUGGACCAGCUCAUCUUCCCCAAGCUGCAGAAGGAGGUGGAGAACUGGAACCCACUGACGGACACCAUCCCCAUCCAUUCCUGGAUCCACCCGUGGCUACCCCUCAUGCAGGCACGUCUGGAGCGGCUCUAUUCCUCCAUCCGCAGCAAACUGUCCCGUGCCCUGCAGAAGUGGCACCCCAGCGACUCCUCAGCCAAGCUCAUUCUGCAGCCCUGGAAGGAGGUCUUCACCCCUGGCUCCUGGGAAGCAUUCAUGGUCAAGAACAUAGUGCCCAAGCUGGAGAUGUGUCUUGGCGAGUUGGUCAUUAACCCCCACCAGCAGCACAUGGAUGCCUUUUAUUGGGUCAUCACCUGGGAAGGGAUGAUCUCUGUCUCCAGCCUGGUGGGGCUUCUUGAAAAGCACUUCUUUCCCAAGUGGCUUCAGGUGCUGUGCUCCUGGCUCAGUAACAGCCCCAAUUAUGAGGAGAUCACCAAGUGGUACCUGGGUUGGAAGUCCAUGUUCUCAGACCAAGUGCUGGCACACCUGUCCGUCAACGACAAGUUUAAUGAAGCACUUGACAUUAUGAACAGGGCGGUGUCCUCCAAUGUGGGGGCCUACAUGCAGCCCAGAGCACGAGAGAACAUUGCCUACCUCACCCACGUGGAGCGGAGGAAGGACUUCCAGCACGAGGCCAUGCAGGAGCGACGGGAGGCUGAGAACAUGGCCCAGAGGGGCAUUGGCAUGGCCGCCGGCUCCAUGCCCAUGAACUUUAAGGACCUCAUUGAGACCAAGGCUGAGGAGCACAACAUCGUCUUCAUGCCCAUCAUCGGGAAGCGACAUGAAGGGAAGCAGCUCUACACCUUUGGCCGCAUCGUCAUGUACAUUGACCGGGGAGUGGUCUUCGUCCAGGGCAAGAAGACCUGGGUGCCCACCUCCCUGCAGAGCCUGAUUGACAUGGCCAAGUAG